CAAAGGCAAAGGCACUCCCAGCCAUGGGCCGGGGGUGCGGGAGACCUGGGGGCUCUCCGGUGCUGCUAUUGCUGCCGCUGCUGCUUCCCGCCUGUCCGAUGCGGAGCGCAUGGAUGUUUCCAGGAAAUGCCCCUGGAGAACCAGUUACUCCCCACUGGAUGCUGGAGGGAGGACUCUGGCUCAAGGUCACCCUGGAGGAGCCGGUCUGGAAGCCCCAUGUGGUGCUGGUGGCUUUAGAGGCUGAAGGCGAGGACCUCCUGUUGGAUUUGGAGAAGAACCACAGGCUUCUGGCCCCAGGAUACACAGAAACCCACUACAGCCCAGAUGGGCAGCCUGUGGUGCUGUUCCCCAACCACACGGAUCAUUGUCAUUAUCAUGGGCACGUGAGGGGUUUUCUGGGAUCCUGGGUAGUCCUCAGCAUCUGCUCUGGGAUGAGUGGUCUUAUUGUGCUCAGUGGCAAUGUCAGCUAUUAUCUGCACCCCUGGGUUCCUGGGGAUGCCAAGGACUCCUCAACCCACAAGAUCUUCCGGAUGGAGCAGCUGUUCCCCUGGAGAGGGGCCCGGAGAGACAAGAACUCCAAAAUCAAAGGAGGAAUGGCUACCCUUCCUCAUGUCCCCCAGAGCCGGGUGAGGCGAGAGGCCCGCAAGAGCCCCAGGCACCUGGAACUGUACAUAGUGGCUGACCACACUCUGUUCUUAGUCCAGCACCAGAAUUUGAGCCACACAAGACAGCGCCUCCUGGAAAUUGCCAACUGCGUGGACCAGAUUCUCAGGACUCUGGAUAUUCAGGUGGUGUUGACCGGUCUGGAAGUGUGGACUGAGAAGGAUCACAGCCUCAUCACGCAAGAUGCAAAUGCAACACUCUGGGCUUUCCUACAGUGGCGUCGUGGGCUGUGGACCAGGCGACCACACGACUCCACACAACUGCUCACGGGUCGCACCUUCCAGGGCACCACUGUGGGCCUGGCGCCUGUAGAGGGUAUGUGCCGCACAGAGAGCUCUGGUGGUGUGAGCACGGACCACUCGGAACUCCCCAUCGGCACAGCGGCCACCAUGGCCCACGAGAUAGGACACAGCCUGGGCCUCCGCCAUGACCCUGACGGCUGCUGCAUGGAGGCAGACGCAGAGCAAGGAGGAUGCGUCAUGGAGGCAGCCACAGGGCAUCCAUUUCCGCGCGUCUUCAGUGCCUGCAGCCGCCGCCAGCUAUACACCUUCUUCCGCAAAGGGGGCGGUGCGUGCCUCUCCAACACCCCGGGCCCGGGGCUCCUUGUGUUGCCCAUCAGCUGCGGAAACGGCUUCGUGGAAGAAGGAGAAGAGUGUGACUGCGGUUCUGUCCAGAAGUGCCCAGACCCCUGCUGCUUUGCCCACAACUGCUCUCUGCGUGCAGGGGCGCAAUGUGCCCACGGUGAUUGCUGUGCGCAGUGUCUGCUGAAGCCUGCAGGCACGCCUUGUCGUCCCGCUGCGAGGGACUGUGACCUCCCUGAGUUCUGCACGGGAGCCUCCCCGCAUUGUCCAGCAGACAUUUACCUACUGGAUGGCUCACCCUGCGCCGAGGGUCGUGGCUAUUGCCUGGACGGCUGGUGUCCUACGCUGGAACAGCAGUGCCGGCAGCUUUGGGGACCUGGAUCACAGCCUGCCCCUGAGCCAUGUUUCCAGGAGAUGAACUCCAUGGGGAAUUCUCAAGGGAACUGUGGCCAGGACAGCAAGGGCGGCUUCCUGCCUUGUGCCCAGAGGGAUGCUCAGUGUGGGAAGCUGCUCUGCCAGGGAGGGGAGCCGAAGCCGCUCGUGCCACACCUAGUGACCGUGGAUUCCACGAUUCUCCUAGAGGGCCACGAAGUGACUUGCCGGGGAGCCUUUGUGCUCCCUGAUACUUAUACGGACCAGGUUGACUUGGGUCUGGUGGAACCAGGCACCCGCUGUGGACCUAGAAUGGUGUGCCAGGAUAGGCAUUGCCAGAAUGCUACCUCCCAGGACCCGGAGCGUUGCUUGACUGCCUGCCAUAACCAUGGGGUUUGCAAUAGCAAUGGUAACUGCCACUGUGCUGCAGGCUGGGCUCCACCCUUCUGUGACAAGCCAGGCUUUGGCGGUAGCUUGGAUAGUGGUCCUGCACAGCUUGCAGACCGAGAUGUCUUCCCGCUGGCCAUGCUCCUCAGCUUCUUCCUGCCUCUGCUCCCUGGGGCUGGCCUAGCCUGGUGCUACUACCAGCUCCCAACAUUCCGCCAGGGAUCCCACUGGUGCUGCUGGAGGAACCCUAUACGUAACAGGGACCAGCCCUCGGACAGUGUUCAUGCCGUGGAGUUUGGCUCCAUCGCCACAGGAGAGCCCCCACCCCUGCACCCUGAGAACUCUGUGAUCACCUAG